AUGGCUCACCAAGCAGCAACACCAUCAGACUCUGGAUCAGCAUCUGCGUCCCCCGCGGAUGCUGCCGCUAGUGCCGGAAGAACCACUGGAGGAGCUACCUCGCUAGCGCGGGGCAAGGCCUGUUUGAGAUGUCGGAAACGGAAGAUGCGUUGCGAUGGUGCACACCCAGCUUGCGCUCAAUGCGUACGUGCACACAAGGCUGAUGUGUGCGCUUAUGACGAUGGGCGUGGUAAGACCCGCACUCAAGCUCUUCGAGAGAGGAUCGUCCGGCUGGAGGCGGAGCUUCAGCGGCUCCGCGACGGCCGCGGUGACUCUGCCACUGGAAAUUUGGGAAUGCGCGAGGACAGCGUGUUCCUGAUGGACCCGCAUGCACCACCCCCUCCGCCUUCUUCAAGUGCAAGUAGCGACAGCAGUGCUUUCGAAGGACUUGAUUACAUUGAUUUUGGCGCCGAUGCGUUCGGCGACAUGGAAUCGAGAGUGGGAAUGGACAUCGAACGUCCCGCAACAAGCCUUUCGGACCCUGCUGUCCCUGGCUCUGCAAUCGCCUCCGAACCAAUGUCCUUCACCUCGGACACCGAAGAAUACGAGCUCCAAAGGAACCGAACGAUCCGUCAAAGUGACCACCAAUUACGUGCGCCGAGAGAGAGGCAACGUCCAUCGUCAGGCGUAUUUGGAUAUAGCGCUAACCAUCCGCUGGUACAGCAAGCGCAGGGCUAUUCAUCUCAACCUCAAUUUCAAUUCCAGCAAGGGCCGAGUGGACAUGGACACUCGAGAACGUCAAGUACCGGAUCUCCGAGCCCAAGCUCAAGCACUGUGGGAAGCAUUGGAGGACACGCCGGCCAUAGUGUUGGCGAGUCCCCAUAUAGCGGUUAUGCUGAACCGCUGCCGUUCGAUUUCUCGCCUUUCCACUCACCCGACCCAAGCAUGUAUGCACCAGCCGUCCCCGCCUUUGUAUCAUCGCAGCCAGCAUAUUCGUCCAUCAUAGAUCAAGAAAUCCAGGCGGGAAUUAACGCUGAAACAGAAUCAACACUUGUUCAAUUUGUCCUUGCACACCGCGAGCAAGUCGGCCUUGUCCUUCACCCGGGGCGACUCCUCGCAGCGUUUUCUCAGUCUCCUGAUUGGCAACGUCAUCCCGUUUUAAAAGAUGCAGUUGUUCUUAUGGGUGCACGUUUGGCACGACGUGUAUGCGGUACUCCAGUGGUCAGUGAGUCACUUGAGAAAGCGUUAUUGCGACGUGCUCAGGCUGGUGCGGGCGAGGCUCUGAAACUCGCUGCACUUCCGCCCUCAUUACGACCGUCCCCUUCGUUCAAUCAGAGGAGAAUACGCCAGGAGGGUUCUGUCUCGCCUCCUAUGCAGGGACAAGCACAGACACAAGGAAACGAGAGUUACAACACACCGGCACUUGACGUUGUACAAUCUCAUGUUCUUCUCUCACGGUACUUCUUUGCAGAGGGACGUGCAUCCGAGGCCCGAGUACAUGCCUCCAGUGCGGCAGACCUCGCCUUGCAGCUUGGAUUGCACCAAUUAUGCGCACUCAAUCCUGAGGCUAACUUUGAAAGGGGUACAAUGAAUGAUUCUGUCAAGGGAACAUUACAGCUUACUCCGCCAAUCGAUUCCAUCGCACUUGGUGAACGCAUUGACCUGUUCUGGGCAGUUUUCGUGCUUGACAGGACCUUAGCUACCGCUCUCAACCUACCGCCGUGUAUUGCAGACGACGAAUGCGUCGAGACGCGUGUGGACACUCCUUGGCCCGAAGAAAUGGAUGAGUAUGAGCAUGUUCCGAUGGAGAGCAUUCGCGGUUGUGCGACCUUGCGAUCCUUCUUUGUUCAUCAAGGCCUGCAGGUCGCUGGCGCUUCCUCGGGAGGCUUCGCUUUCCCCGCUCUUCUGGCCAAGGCUGCGGCAUUGCUUGUCGCUUGUGCACGGACUUCGGCAAACUGGGGUCUGCACUCUCCUGCGUCACCCCCACCUGCGCUCUUCAUGAGUUCUUCUGCAUCACCGUCCCCACCUCCAGGACAGGGCGGAGAGGAUCCCGCCGUGGUCAUCACGCGGCUUGAAGCAUGCCUUGCUCGAUUUGCCUCUGCACUUCUCCCCUCGCACCAGCUUGGCGCGGGCUUGCCUGAAGGCGAAAGGAGGAAGCAGGUGACUCUGCACACGCUUGUGCACGCAAGCGUUGUCAAGCUUCAUAUACGUCUCGCGCGUGCAGGUGUAGCUGUGAGUCUUGAGAAGUGCGUGAAGGCAGCUCGGGCGUGCGCCGCGCUCGUUAGAACACAUCUCGGCGAGAAGGAUUACCAGGUUCUGGAUCCUUUACUUGGGAGCUGCUGGAGUACACUUACAGAGGUCUUCGGUUUAGAGGCAGUGCAAGCAAGCGCAGCAACGCCUGGGAACUCUGCAUCUGCUUGGGUUCCGCAUGAUCAUGGUGCACUCGCGUCUGCUGGUGCUCAGCUACGGUGUGCAGCUAGCAACAGUCAAGGGUUCGGGAGUGUGGAGUCGAACCCCGGUUCGGUCUAA